GAGUAUGUGGGGUAGAGAAAACGGAAGAGUGUCCCACUUAAUUUUUCUUGCUCAUGAUUUUAACUGAUAUUUCGAUUUGUUUACAUUUAAUUAGAUUUGAGGAGCUGUUGUUAAGCUGAAAAUUGUUUUAAUGGAAUGACAAUUAAUGAUUUUUUUAGUUAUGCACUUAGACGCGAUCGAUGAAGGUGAUGAAACAGCAGCUGUUAAAGAUGAGCAUAUUAUCACAUUUGGAAAUAAACCUGCUAUUUUCAAGCACAAGGAAAUUGUUGAUUUAUCUCAGUCUAGAAAAGACAUCGAACUUGCUCAAGCAGAAUGGGAUCAGUUAGGUUCAAAUGAAGGUACCUUUAUUCCUACUUGUAAAACUGAACCAAUAUCUGUUGAUGAGGUACUGAACUUUUUCCGAUCAGCAAACAUGAGCCAAUUUUUGAAAUGUAUCAAACCUGUAAAGCAAAGGAAGAGAAUUGAGGCUUUAAAACACUGGAUUGUUGGACCUCCCAAAUUAAAUCUAAGUUUAAUUUCAGAAAGAAAUUUAUUCUUUGCCAUUGCUUUAUGUCCUUUUGAUAGCAGUGAAGAAAUACAUAUCAGAGUACUCCAGACUUUAUACAGAACAUUGACUAACUCUAAUAAAGAUUGUCCUCGCUAUGGGAAACAUUGGGAAGAUGUAGGGUUCCAAGGCAUCGAUCCAGGAACUGAUUUACGAGGUGUUGGAUUUCUUGGUCUCAUACACUUACUGUCUUUUGCUCUCAAUCCAGCCACUGCUGAUCUUGCCAAAUCAAUUUCUGUUCUUGCUAAAAAUGAGAAGCAAAACUUUCCUUUUUGUGCCAUGGGGAUUAAUAUUACUAGAAUAGUUGUAGAAUCAAUGCGGGAAGAAGUUCUAAAUAGGGAGUGUAACAGGUGCAUGGAUGUUUUCAAAGUAACCAAUGAUUUUUAUGCAGGAAUUUUCCUCAGGUUGUAUGUUAUAUGGUAUCAACAAAAGAAAACUAUUAUGGACUCGGGAUUUGUUAUUAAAGAUUUAACUGAGAUUGCUAAGAAACAUUCUUCUGUGAUAUUGAAAGAACUAUCCAACUAUUUAAAAGUGAACCAAGUUCCUGAUAAGACGUCUAAUGUUGCUCAUGGAUUUGCAGGAGCUGGAGACAAUAUAGCCACAGUAUAGCCUAUAAAAAUAUUCACCUGCACAAUCCUUUUGUCAGAUCAUCUAACAAAUGUUUUUUACAUUAAUAUUUUAAUAUCUUUUUAUGAGUUAUGUCAUUUUAGUAGUCAUGAUUGUUAAUAAUUUUAAAAUUAUCUAUUAUUAUGUAAAUUAAUAUAUAUAUAUAUAUUUAAAGGUUGUAUCUUUGUAAUUUUAAUGCAAAAUGUGAAAAGAAUGUUCUAAAUCAGUGGUCUCCAAAAGAUGUUUUGCGUAAGGGUUACAUGAUUCCCAAAGUUUUUUUUUUUUUAAUUGAUUAUAAUUUCUGAAAUCUGUAAUCAUAUUUAUGCAAUUAUCCAUUAUUUAUUUAAUAUUUUGGUUACAUUAAUGAGAAUUAAACUAAAAUUUAGUAAAUAUAUAAAUAGCAAAAUUUAGAAAAAUAUA